GUUCCUCUCUCCUCGUCGCUCUCCUCAACACUGCCCCUCAAGACUCUUUUUGGCCCCAUAUCUUUAAUUCUUCAAGAUGGUCCGCGUCUCUGUCCUUAACGACUGCCUUAACAAUAUCGUCAAUGCCGAGCGCCGUGGCAAGCGCCAGGUUCUCGUCCGUCCUUCUUCCAAGGUCGUCGUCAAGUUCCUCAGCGUCAUGCAGCGCCACGGAUACAUCGGCGAGUUCGAGAUUGUCGACGAUCACCGUUCUGGCAAGAUCGUCAUACAAUUGAACGGCCGCCUAAACAAGACCGGUGUCAUUUCGCCCCGGUUCAACGUCCAAGUUACCCAGAUCGAGUCCUGGGUCAACUUGCUCCUCCCCGCGCGUUCGUUCGGUUACAUCAUUCUCACCACGUCGUCUGGCAUCCUUGACCACGAGGAGGCGCGUCGCAAAAACGUCGGAGGCAAGAUCUUGGGCUACGUCUACUAG